UCCCACGUGCAGAUGUUUACGUCCUCCUCUCUGUGACGUCAGCGCCCAGUCGUCGUCGGAUGAGAAACAGUCGCGAUGUUAAAGAUGCGGAUUAGCGCACAAAAGGCCUCGCGGGUGACGCGACGCGCGCAGGUGUGAACGCGUAGCGAUGCGCGCGUCAGCGGACGAGUCGGGACACAAGAACAGACGGGAAAUCGUGGAUAUUACCGGACCGAGUGUUUUCAUCCGCGUCCGUUAGUCUGGCCUUUCUUCUGCCGAGGAGCCCGGAUUCCGUUUGAGCUCGCUUGCUUUCUCAUUAUCAUGUCGUUCGCGAUGGAGGACGCGCUGGAGUCCGGGUGGGUGUCGGUGCGACCGAAUGUUUUCGAGGAGAAGGAGAAGCACAAGUUCGUCUUCAUCGUCGCCUGGAACGAGAUCGAAGGAAAGUUCGCCGUCACGUGCCACGACCGAACCGUCCAGAAACGGAGCGCCGCGCGGGACUCGCUGCUCGAGGAAGACGCGCCUCCCCUGACCGAGAGCCCGGGCCGAGAGCGAACCGAGCCCAGCAGAGCCGCCCGCAGCGCGGAGCUGGAGGCACCGGAGCCCGAUGACGCGCCGGCGGAGCUCCCGGAGGACUCCAGCUGGGCCGGGCUCUUCUCGUUCCAGGACAUGCGCGCCGUUCAUACCAUCCCCUCACAGGAAACUUUGUGGAAGUGGCUCUUUGUGAAAUAG